CGGUGUGAUUUCCUGCUGGACCUGUACUCCCAUGUGAAGGACUAUGAGACUCAAACAGGCAAGAGAGUCCUUCCAGCAUUACAGCCAGUUUUCCAGUCAGCUCCUGCAGUCUGGACCAUUGACCUAUCAGAGAGAAAGACCUCUGUCCUCCUGGAAGUGCUGAAACUCCAAUCAGGAAAGAAACCAGUUGAGCUGACAGGCUGGUCAGAUGAAGAAAGUGAAGUGUGGAGUUUCCUGAAGUGUCUGCCUUACAUGUCACAGCUCAGUUUUGCACUGUAUGUAAGCCGCCCAGAACAAACCAGGUUCUUGGCGAAUCUCCUCUGUCAAGGAGCAGAGAGAGAACAGCAGACAGGAGAGAAGAUACUGGAGCUGCUAUUAUCAGUGUGCAGAUACAAAACAUUCCCUCUCAAACACCGAGUGGACGAUGAUUUUAAUAAGGAGGAGGAUAUAGAAGACUGUAAUGCCUACCAGUGUGAUUUCCUGCUGGACCUUUACUCCCAUGUGAAGGACUAUGAGACUCAAACAGGCAGGAGAGUCCUUCCAGCAUUACAACCAGUUUUCCAGUCAGCUCCUGCAGUCUGGACCAUCCACCUGUCAGACAUAAAGGCCUCUUUCCUCCUGGAAGUGCUGAAACUCCAAUCAGGAAAGAAACCGGUUGAGCUGACAGGGUGGUCAUAUGAAGAGAGUGAAGUGUGGAGUUUCCUGAAGUGUCUGCCUUACAUGUCACAGCUCAGUUUCACUCGUCAGUGGUCAACACACUCAGGACAAACCCAAAUCUGUGGGAAUCUCUUCUGUCGAGCAGCAGAGAGUGAACAGCAGACAGGAGAGAAGAUACUGGAGCUGCUAUCAUCAGUGUGCAGUUAUGAAACAUUCCCUUAUCGUUUUAACAAUGAUGACUACCGGUGUGAUUUCCUGCUGGACCUGUACUCCCACGUGAAGAACUAUGAGACCCAAACAGUUGACGAUGAUGAGGAGAAGUACUUUAUAGAAGACCGUAGUGCCUACCAGUGUGAUUUCCUGCUGGACCUGUGCUCCCAUGUAAACGACUAUGAGACUCAAACAGCAGAGAGGGAACAGCAGACAGGAGAGAAGAUACUGGAGCUGCUAUCAUCAGUUUGCAGUUACGAAACAUUCCCUCUCAAGCAGCUAGUGGACGAUGAUGAUAAUGAUGAGGAGGAUAUAGAAGACCUUAAUGCCUACCAGUGUGAUUUCCUGCUGGAACUUUACUCCCAUGUGAAGGACUAUGAGACUAAAACAGGCAGGAGAGUCCUUCCAGCAUUACAGCCAGUUUUCCAGUCAGCUCCUGCAGUCUGGACCGUCGACCUGUCAAAGAGAAAGACCUCUGUCCUCCUGGAAGUGCUGAAACUCCAAUCAGGAAAGAAACCGGUUCAGCUGACACACUGGUCAGAUGAAGAGAGUGAAGUGUGGAGUUUCCUGAAGUGUCUGCCUUACAUGUCACAGCUCAGGUGUGAUCCAGAGUUCUUCCAGUUUGUGUGUACGUCUAUCUAUGUGAGAUCACAAGAGGUGGCCCAGCAGUUGGCUUCUCUCCUGCAGCUCAUGGGUUUCACUCUGGUGCUAACAGGAGAGUUACCCAGGGAAACCUGCUGGUUUGUGGGUCAAGUUCUGGGACUCUGUGGCUCCAGUGUGGAUCUCAUCCUCACACCCAGCAAGAUCUCUCUCAAAGGAGCCGCCCUCAUCUUUAGACAUACAGCACAAUUACACAGUCUUAGUAUCCAUUGA